UUCAAAGUGCAAUUUGGGGUAAGCAAUUUCUAUAAAAUUAACGUACUUUGUUUUCAUAGUCAAUGGAAAUCAUUAGUUAAUGUUUUGACACGGUGCCAUCAGCCAUAAAAAAUGUAAGGAAUGGACAGUUUGUAUGCGGUUUCUGAGUAUGAUGUAACUUCAACAGUAAACUUUUCCACACAUAACUGGAGUCUUCACCAGUAUGUUUAGUUUUCUAUUUUCAAUAGUAGUUUAUUGUGAACUUAUUUUUCCUGUAAUUGUGUGUCUUGGGUUGUAUUUGAGCCCAAAGUUUUUCUUUUGGGUUUAUCCGUAAAAAAAGAAAAAAAACUGGAUUGGUUUGCAGUAGCACCAUGGAUAUAUCUCUUUUUGAGCAUUCUGAAAAGAACGUACCACCGGUUCUUUUUAGACAGCCAUAUACUCCAAUAUAUCUAGUUAACUUGCUACCUCCGCCAUGAAAAGCUUGGAGUCUCACUUCAACAGAAUAAACCACACCCACUGCACCAAAGAGCAACCUCGACAGAAUAUGAAAAUGACACUGACCAGCUAUUCAGAAUGAAUAUGCAUAAACUUAAAGUGAGUUGCAUGCUUAAGCUGCAUGCUCGUGCAAAUCUGCAUUGUGCAUAAACACACCAACUGCAAUUCUGUAAAUCUCACAGUACAGGGCUUAGGAUCAUGCAGAGCAUGGUGGGAACCAACAUGGUGUGCACAGCUUCCAAUGACCUACUAGACAUACAAGAAAAUAAAGAACCCCAAAAGAUAGUGCGUAACCCUUACUGUAUGACUCUGAAGACCUUUCCUGUGCACAAACAUUAUCGCCUUGUUCGUCAGCCUGGCAUGUCUUACAAAACAAGGAGUGGUGGUAGUACCUUCAAUCCCAUUCCUACAUUAGAUUUUCUACGUGGUACGCUACAGCAUCUGAUUAACAAGGAUAUACAAAAAGUGUUCCAGCAAUAUGCUACAUUCUUCCAAAUGGCAGUGGAAAAUAUCCAGGACAAUAAUGGAAAGGAUUCAGUAACUGAAGAUCAUGUCUUGUCAGUCUUCAGAAAUAGUCUGGAAGAAGCAAAAGGCAUAUUUCAGCCCCAGGGAAAAUGCUCAGUUGAGAACAGUAAAACAUCAGAGAGUAACAGUAUGAGCAAUGCCAGUCAUAUCGUUAACUUCAAGCACAAGGGUUCCAGCUGGGCCAAUGAAGAACCAGUGCCAAAGCAUCCUAAACUUGAUGAUGAUGCAGGUGAGGCACCUACAUUCUCUCUCAGACCUACACCACAGAUACAGACACGAAAGCGGAAAGGCCGGCCACCAUUACAUCACAGAGAUUACACAGAUGAGAUCCCACUAACUGGUGGUGGAGGUUACAAAGCUGCAAAACCAAAGUUAGAAGUUGUUAAAAAAGAAGGACCAAAAUGGGACCCAGCUCGACUUACAAAGAACACAAAGUUUGUGAUGGGAGCUCGUGCAAACAAAGCUCUUGGACUAGGAAACACGAGAGGCAGGCUCUACAUCAAACACCCAGACCUCUUCAAAUACUCUGGAGAUCAAGAUGACAAGCAGUGGUUAUAUGAACAUCAUCUCAUGCCAGCUACAGGUGGCAAAGCCUACAUGUUAUUGCUAGAAGAUAUCUUGGAGCUGGCCAAUACAGAGGAAUAUAGGGACAACCACUUGCUAGAGGAGACAGAACUCAAGGUGUUUGAGGUGCCAGAAUAUAUAUUGGAAAAAAUCAAACGUUACAUGGAAAUCAACAGAACAGAUGGAGAUCUGUCAUCAUCCACAGCAGACAUAAAUGACUGCUAAGAUAAUCCUGCACAUGGUAUUGUUUGAUGACACGUUGCUAUUAACCACUUCAUGCCGGGGCAUUUUUCAAUGUUGAUGAUGCUGAGCUGGCAUGACUAGCAUUUUUUCCGUUUU